AUGAGCGGCAUCUACGAUAAUGCCGCCUCUAUCCAGGCGCGCGACCUCUGGCCAUGGCCCAAGGGUGAUGACGAGAACGACACCGUCAUCCAGGGUCUUCACUUCAACCUCACCACCCUCAAGCACUGGAAUUACACCUGGUACAGCAACGAGACCGUCUCCAACGGCUCCAGGUGCUACAUGACCAAGGCCCCAUACCUGUUCGUCGACCUUCUGGAGAACGGCACCUUUGUCAACUCGACCAAGUGCUACUCGGCUAUCCUCCCCAUCGGUACUCGCGGUCACGUCGGCAUUGGCUUUGCCGUCGCCUUCGGAGUCGCUCUCGUCCUCAACCUCACUGUCCUGGCUAAGCAUGGAAAGACAUAUCUCCCACGCGAGAGUCGCUUCUAUCCCAUCGGUCGUCGCUGGCAAUGGUACUGGGCCCUGUUCGUCUCCGCCACUGCCCUUAUCAGCUUGUUCGUCGGCGUGGAUGUCGACCGGUAUUACCUUCAGGAACUGCCCAUCACCGUCAGCGUCUUCUUCUGGUAUCUCUUGUGCAUGGGAACUGUAGCCUUGACUUGGGAAGCGGUUCGUCACUGGGGCUCAUGGCAGGAGCGCCAGUUCAUCGAUCCGAAUCCUUUCGUGUUGGCCACAGACGACCGUCGCGCCAAGGUUGAGUUCUACUUGCCCCUGUGGUUCUACCUCUGGCUCUGGUUGAACUUCUUCAUGGUUGUCCCUCGUAGCUGGAAGUUCACUCAGCUUCAGCGCUCCCCCGAACAGAUCCAAGACAAAGCCAUCCCCGGUGCCACCAAUGUUCGCUUCAAGAUCGCCGCCUUCUUCCUCUUUGUCUCGUGGCUCACCAUCGUCUACUCGCUGCGCCACUCGAUCAAGCACUACAAGCCCCGUAACCGUGGCAUCUUCAAUCGCGCCGUUGGCUUCACCCGCGCUGUGCCCCUGCGCUUCUGGCUCAUCAUCCCCCUCUCCCUCGCCACCAUUGCCUAUCAAGCCUUCAUCGCUUGGGAGUUCAAGUUUUCCCUCAUCAAGUUUGACGGAAACGUCGCCGUCAUCUUCUGCUGGGGAUACCUCCCUGCCCUCCUCAUCCUCUACAUCCAGUUCUUCUACGGCUUCGCCAGUCCCAACGAGGACAAGGAACUCAUUCGUCAGAGGCAUGAGCGCGGUGAGGCCAUCAACCGCGAGCUCGGCAUCGUCAACAAGCCUGCCUGGUGGAGCCGCGUCAGGGGUGACCAUCUCCUCACCUUCAAGGACAAGCUCACUCGCAACGUCCACGAGAUUGGCGGCGGCAGAGCCACCGGUCGACGUGUUGAGGAUGCCGCUGAGCGACACGUCCGAGAGGAGGCGUGGGCCAAUGCCAGAGACGAAGAGGAUAUUGAGAUGGCGCACAUGCAUCGACCCCUUGACGCUGCCAACAACCCGCGCAUCGACCGCGCAGGUGUCAGCGCCCUUCGCCCUCAGGCUUCGCAGACCUUUGUCGCGCCUUAUACCGGCAAGAACGAGCGUCGCCGGCACGAGCGCACCAUCCAGGCUGUUGCGGGUAUCCUCUUCCCCAAUAACCUCGCCGAGGAGCGAGCCCGCCGUGAGGCCGACCUGGCUCUCGAUGGACCGCCUCCAUACAGCGACAACGAACCCCGGGGUCGCCCCCGAACGACGUCUUCGGGACGGACUGGAUCCAACGGGCGCAGCAACAGCACCGAGACGACCAACUCGAUCACGGCUCCGCCCCAGCAGGUCAGGAGCAUGCUGGACGUCUAG